GUGCUCUGCUCGCCGACCGGCCAACUGGCCCGUCUCCGGCUUUAGUCAUCUGGUUUAGCUCAUCUCACAUCGCUUCCUACGCGGCCAAGCAGCUCAAAGUGGCGCCCAAACAACACCCCGCCGGUGGCCCACGCGACAUGGAGGGGGAGGUGAGCGUGCUGCUGGUCAUCACGGUGAUCAUCGGCACGAUCCUGAUGACGUCACUGCUGGCCUGCUACAUCUGCGUGUUCCGCCAGCUGUGCUGCUCGCGCGACGCGGACCUGGACCGGAGCUACAGUGGGCGCGGCUCGAAGCGAACGUUGCGGGACAGCACCAACAUGGCGGAGAUCACCAACAUCACCAGCCAGCAGACGGAGAUCGAGAAGGUCUAGCUGCGGUCGAGCGAAGAGGCCAUCACUUCGCUCUAGUUCCCAGCGCUACUUGCCGGUACCCGACCACCUACAUACAUACUGUAAAUAGGCGUGUUUGGAGCAAACCGCCAAGCUGUCCAGGUUCC